AAGAGUGAUAGUUAUGUGGCCAGCUACCUACUCCUAUCUGUUUUUCUUUUCUGUUAAAAAUUGAAGAUUCCUCUCAUUUUCUUUAGUUAAAAAUUGCAUGGCGGGCCCUGGAAGUUCUGAGUUUGAUCCAGAAUCUAUCAUUUCUUACAAAUUUCCCGAGACUUCAUAUACUUACACUGAAAGGGAUGCCGCUAUUUAUGCCUUAGGCAUCGGAGCAUGUGGAAAGGAUGCUGUUGAUGACAAAGAGCUCAAAUAUGUCUAUAAUGCAGAUGGUCAGGAAUUCAUCCAGGUCUUGCCAACUUUUGCUGCUCUGUUCCUUCAUGGAGUAAUUGCAGAAAUUGCAAAGAUUCCGGGCUUGCAAUAUGAUCCGCACCGUCUACUGCACGGACAACAAUACAUUGAAAUCUACAAGCCACUUCCUUCUAGUGGUUGUAUACUAAACAAAGUGAGCGUUGCAGGAUUGCACGACAAAGGUAAAGCAACUCUUCUUGAAAUUGAAUUUGUAAGUUACGAGAAAGAGUCUGGUGAACUGCUGUGCAUGAACCGGAUGUCUAUUUAUUUGAGAGGUGUGGGUGGCUUCUCAAAGUCAUCUCGGCCUUAUUCUUACUCUAGAAAUCCAAGUAGUCAAACUGCUUUCCCUAAAAUCCCCCAAAGUCAACCUUUUGCUAUUUUGGAGGAAUGUACGCAAGCAUCGCAGGCUUUGCUGUUUACUCUAUCUGGUCAGUUCGAUCCCUUGCAUUCAGAUCCUAUGGUUGCAAAUAUUGCAGGAUUUUCUCGCCCGAUAUUGCAUGGGCUGUGCACACUUGGAUUUGCAGUUAGGGCUAUCAUUGGACGUAUUUGCCGAGGUGACCACACCUUGAUCAAGAGCAUAUCUGGCAGAUUUUUGCUACACGUCUAUCCAGGUGAAACCUUAAGCACAGAAAUGUGGCCUGAAGGCUCGAGAGUCAUAUAUCAGGUGAAGGUUAAAGAACGCAACAGGGCAGUUCUUUCGGGAUUUGUUGAUCUUGAUCGUGUUAAUUCGUCUCUGUGAUUUUUCAUGUCGUUCCAAGGAGAGGGCACCUUAAUUAUUUGUAUUCCUAUAUCUAAAUAAAAUGCAUUCUGGAUUUAUAGACGUUUAUAAGUCCAUCAUGAUUUUAGUGCACUCACAAGGAGGACGUUGUGAUCAUAUCGUUCUCGUGCUUGGGUCAUUUGUAUUAUUAAAAUCAGAAAAGUAUGAACUCUUGAUUUCAUGAA